AUGCGAUUCUUAACUUGCGCCGUCUUACUCCCAUUUGUAAACAACCCAGUUUGCAACAUCUCUUCUCUAUCAGUCCAUUCAGUAAAAUAUGCCGAUAUCCCAUCUUGUGUAGCUCUUCGUACCGAAACACUGGGAUCGCUGGUCAUUGGUCGUCCUCCCCCGUACCCAGGCUACCAAGAGGACCAAAUAUCUUCCAUCAGGGACGAUCUAGCCAAUAAAAAAAACGUAUACCAUUUGAAAGUUAUCGACAAGGCAACUGAUGAUGAAAUCGUCGCCUAUGCAAAGUGGGAAAUCUACGAGCAUGGACGGCCUGACCUUGAGGGUCUAAAGCAGCCAAUGGACGAAGUGUCAAAGCAAGUGGACCAGUAUGGUCGUCUGCGAGAAGCUGCACACCAAUACUUUUGCAGUAGAAACGGAGAAUUGGGCAAGCACCCUCAUAUACUCCUGGAACUUCUCGUUACUUCCAGCAAACAUAGACGACGAGGUGCCGGUAGCCUUCUUGUGCAAUGGGGACUUGCAAAAUCGGAAGAGCUGCAGCUUCCUGUGUUUCUGCAGGCAUCUGCGCAAGGCCAGCAACUUGUCCAAAACUAUGGGUUCGAGACGAUCGAUAGGGUCAAGUUCACUCUCGCCGACUAUGGGCUCACAGGAACAGAGCUCAUGUCUGUAAUGAUUCGAUAUCCACCCAAGAAUGAGGCUAAUGAAGCCUUGAUAUGUGGGUAG